CGCUCUUCUUCUCCUCUUUCUCGUUUUCUUAAUUUUUCAUUUUCUAUUCCUCUCCAACCUCCAUAACAACACAAACAAAACACAUAUUCGUGGUUUCUGGCUGAACCUUUCUUUUGUUUGCUUCCUCGCCUCGGGCUUUUGUUGUCAAUCCCAAAGCAAAGCUCCUUUGAUCUCUUUUGCCGUAUUAUUGUUUCAGUUUAUUUUUCCUUCCUUCCUCGAUCGAUCCUUCCUUUUUCCCAAUUCGAGCUCGCCCAUCUCUCUGUCUCUCUGUCCGUUUCGCUUUCUGGUCAAUGUAGGUCCUCUCCCGUAAUUUUUUCCUAGGGUUUGGAUCUCUAAAUCUGUGAUUCGAUCCUGUGUCCCCUCCUUGUCCUCUCCAACUUCCAAGCAUGUGACUGAAAAUCGUUGCUUUUGAUUAUCCAUCCUAGUUUUUGAUCUUUUGUAGCUUCUUCUCAUCUGGGUUUGGAGCUUUCUCUUUUAUUGGGUUCUCUUCUUCCGUUUACCUUCAAUUGAACGCGGAUCAGGUGAUUAGGUUGUCGAACGCAGGAGCUCUUUGGUGCUCUAAUUAUCAACAAUAGGGGUUGUGAAUUUCGUGAAUUUGCUGGCCCUUUGUGGGAGAUACUAUUUGGGUUCAGGCGAAGGGAAGGAACUGUUGUAAGAUUGUGCUUCCGGGUUUUGGUGUACACCAAUGGAUAAGUUAAAGGUUGACCAGGUUGUUGGUGGCAAAUUUAAACUGGGAAGGAAGAUUGGAAGUGGAUCUUUCGGAGAGCUCUAUCUAGGUGUUAAUGUGCAAACUGGAGAAGAAGUUGCUGUUAAGCUGGAAUCUGUGAAGACCAAGCACCCUCAGCUUCAGUAUGAGUCAAAAUUAUACAUGCUUCUUCAAGGAGGCACUGGAAUUCCCCAUCUGAAGUGGUUUGGAGUUGAGGCAGACUACAAUGUCAUGGUUAUUGAUCUUCUUGGUCCGAGUUUGGAAGAUCUAUUCAACUAUUGUAACCGGAAAUUCACAUUGAAAACAGUGCUAAUGCUAGCUGAUCAACUGAUUAACAGAGUUGAAUAUAUGCAUUCAAGAGGGUUUCUUCACCGUGACAUAAAGCCUGACAACUUUUUGAUGGGCCUAGGUCGCAAAGCCAAUCAGGUAGUUGCUUUCUAUCGUUACUUUUUUCACUGUCUUGCAGAAGAGCUAUUCCCUGAUGUUAUUUGCACAGCUAGUGCUGGAACUGUUAGUAUUGUCAACUUUUUUGGUGUCGAGAAGCAUAAGGUCUUCCCACGAUUGUUUAACAUUGCUUUGCUUUACGCUUUCCUUUGUCUGGUUUCUGGUUAUAUACAGGUUUAUGUUAUUGAUUAUGGCCUCGCAAAGAAGUACAGGGAUCUUCAGACUCAUAAGCACAUUCCAUACAGAGAGAAUAAGAACCUCACAGGCACUGCUCGCUAUGCAAGUGUCAACACCCACCUUGGAAUUGAGCAAAGCAGAAGGGAUGAUUUGGAGUCUCUUGGUUAUGUGCUGAUGUAUUUCAUCCGAGGAAGCCUCCCUUGGCAAGGAUUAAAGGCUGGCACAAAAAAACAGAAAUAUGACAAGAUCAGUGAAAAGAAAGUUUCUACUUCCAUAGAGUCUCUUUGUAAAUCGUAUCCAUCCGAGUUCGUAUCAUAUUUCCAUUUCUGCCGCGCAUUGCGUUUUGAAGACAAGCCAGAUUACUCAUAUUUGAAGAGGCUUUUCCGCGACUUAUUUAUUCGGGAAGGUUAUCAAUUUGACUAUGUCUUUGAUUGGACGGUGUUGAAGUAUCCUCAAGCUGGUACUUCCAGCUCUAGAGCACGAGUGGCUGGGAAACCGGGUCAUGCUCUUGCAGGACCUUCUGCAGAAAGACCGCCGCCAGAGAGAGUCUCAGUUGGAAAAGAAAUUCGCGAGAGAUUCUCAGGUGCUGUUGAGGCUUUCUCCACAAGAAAAAUCACUGGAUCUAGUCCGCUUGACAAUUCCAGAACUAGGACAAACGAAACACAGCCAGAGGCAGAGAAGGGGCGCAGCACAUCGAGGCAUGGCAGCAACUCAAGAAGGGCCAUACUCCCCAAUGGGAGGCCAGGUUCCUCUGGUGAACAUGGUGAAGCGCGUGCAGCAGCGAGAACACACCACACUGCUGGUGCUGCUGGUGCCCACACGACUUCUUCCACACAAAGAAUCUUACCCGGGUAUGAACCUGUCGUCAAAUCCUCAGGUGCACGAGCUGCUGCUGCUGGUAAAAGUUCCCGUGAGGAAAGUCUAAAGAGCUUCGAGUUCCUCACAUUGAACAGGAGAUGACGUGUCCAUCAUGGUAGGGGGCCAGUGAAAAGAGAAAGAAACCAAAAGAAAGCUGGAUCAUGAAUCAGUUGAUGUUGUGGAUGUCCUUGUUGUGCACAGAAUCUGGAAUAUUGUAACGAUAAAAACCCAAAAGUUGCUUACCUACUUUCAAGUCGUUUGCUUUCAAAAAUGAGGGUUUUGGAAAACCAUAAAUUUAUGAUGGAUUUGGUGAUAUUAUGGAUUUGAACAAGUCUAUAUUUGCUUGUUGGGUAUGGGUAUAAUUAUGGAUUUUUGUUGAAUUAGAUUUAUGGAUAUACAACACAAU